AUGACUAAAUUUGAUGUUGCUCAUAUCUGGGGAAGUGACAGAGCAUGUUGGGAGUUCGUAGGUUCCAGUGGGUCUUCUGGUGGACUGUUGCUAAUAUGGAAUGAACCAGCCUUUAAACUGUAUAAUUGUUAUAAAGGAGAUAGAUGGUUAUGUUUAGAAGGACUUGUAGUAAAAGAUAAUUUUCAUUGUGCUAUCUGUUUGGUGUAUGGACCACAUGAGAGAGCUGAGAAAAUCUCUAUGUGGGAGGAGCUAAGUUAUAUUGCAGGAUUGUGUCAGGUACCGGUUUGUUUUCUAGGGGACUUUAAUGAAAUUUUGCUCUUGGAGGAAAGAAAAGGAGCUGUUACUUUACCAGCGUCCGUGACAGAAUUUAGAACAUGGGUAAAUGAUAUGGAGUUGGUCGAUUUGGAACUUAAUGAUUGUAAGUAUACAUGGUUUAGGGGACAGUCGUGCAGCCGUAUUGACAGGAGCUUGGUUUCUGUAGAAUGGCUUGAUAAGUACCCGGAGAUGCGUUUGAGAAGCGGGUCUAGAGGUUUGUCGGAUCACUGCCCAUUGAUCAUGGAAGACAUCAGAAGGUUUGAUGGUCCAAGACCGUUCCGUAGUCUGGACUCCUGGUUCACGCAUGAAGGUUUCUUGAGAAUGGUGAAGGAGGAAUGGAGGGGACUAGGCAAUGUACAAUUCCUGGAAAAGAUGAAAGCACUAUCAGAACCUCUACGCCUAUGGCAUAAGCGGCAUUUUGGGGAUAUGACUGAGCGGAUAAAGAGGUUUAAGGAAGAAAUACGCAAGGCGGAUGAUAUGGUUAGUAGUGGAAGAUACGAUGCUACAAUAGAGGCAAGGAGGAGGGCCUUAGUGAGGUGCUGUGAGAAGUGGUAUGUAAGGCAGGAUAUGCACUGGAAGCAAAUGUCAAGAUCUAGAUAUGCUACUGAGAUGGAUAGAAACACAAGGGAUGGAUUGGUUAAUCGUCUGGAGAGAGAAGAAGCAGAAGCCUUGGAGGCGCUCCCAUCAGUAGAAGAAGUGAAAGAGGCAGUAUGGGACUGUGAAUCUUCUAAGGCGCCGGGGAGUGACGGAUAUAAUAUGAAUUUUAUAAAAAGGUGUUGGGAUGAGAUUGGAAGGGAGUUCACUGCGGCCGUGUUGAAUUUCUUUGAGACUGCAAGCUUGCCAACAGAUGCUAAUGUGACAUGGGUAGCGUUGGCUCCGAAAUUUAUUGGGGCUAAGGAGAUAAAAGACCUGAGACCUAUCAGUAUGGUUGGGUGUGUCUACAAAGUUAUUUCUAAAAUAUUGUCAAGGAGAAUGAGGGAUGUAAUGCCAGGUUUAGUUGGGGAAUCCCAGAGUGCCUUUGUAAAGGGGAGGAAGAUACAUGAUGGAGCUCUAAUAGCAUGCGAAACUGUGCAAUGGUUAAAACUGAAGAGAAAGGCGUCAGCGAUUAUUAAACUGGACUUCCAAAAAGCAUAUGACAGAGUAAAAUGGGGCUUUGUUGACAUUGUACUUGAGAAGAUGGGCUUCGGAAGAACAUGGAGGACGUGGGUGAGGGAGUGUGUUACAUCGGCAUCAGUAUCUAUUCUAAUUAAUGGAUCACCGUCGAAACCAUUCAAAAUGGAGAGGGGGCUACGUCAAGGAGACCCUUUAUCGCCAUGUUUGUUUGUACUGGUGGUGGACGUGCUGAACAGGAUGAUUGGGGAGGCGGUUAGGAACAAUCGGAUAUCUCCUCUGUUAGUUGGUAGGGAUAAAAUAGAGCUAUCACACCUACAGUUUGCUGAUGACACUAUUUUAUUCUGUCCGCCAGAAGAGGAAACUAUAAGGAACUAUAAGAGGCUAUUAAGGUGUUUUGAAAUGAUGUCUGGGUUGAGCAUCAACUUCGAGAAGUCUAACUUGAUACCAGUUAACUGCAGCCAGGAAUGGGUCAGCCACAUGUGUCAGAUUCUAGGAUGUCAGGAGACAGCAUUGCCGGUUCGGUACCUUGGGAUUAGUCUAGGUGCGAAUCCGAGGUUGGUAAAAACUUGGAAGCCGGUGAUAGAAAAGGUGGAAGAGAAGCUCAACUUGUGGAAGGCGAAGGUUCUUAGCAAGGCUGGAAAGCUAGUACUCAUCAAGUCAGUUAUCAACAGCUUGCCUAUUUAUUACCUGAGUUUGUACAAGAUGCCAAAUGCGGUUGCACGGAGAAUUAUCUCACUACAGAGGAAAUUCUUUUGGGGAAAGGAUGAUGGACGACCUGGUAUGGCACUAGUGAAAUGGGAGAUGGUUCAGGCACCAAGGAAGUUAGGAGGAUUGGGGGUGGGUGAUGCGGUGGUUCGGAAUACGGCUUUAUUGUUUAAAUGGUGGUGGCGAUUCUCGAAGGAGGAUUGUCCCCUAUGGAAGAGGAUUGUAUGCUCUUGCAAUAGUUUGAACCCAAAUCACCUGCUGUCCACUCAGAUAUUGCCAAAGAGGGGAGGACCAUGGAGGGACAUAUGUCAAGUGCAAAUAAAGGAACAACAGGUCAGGCAGAAGAUGAUUGAUGGGCUUGCUAUGGAAGUAGGAGAUAGUAGGGCUACCAGAUUUUGGGAAGAUAAAUGGCUCCAAGUGGGAAAGCUGAAAGAUAACUUUUCGAGACUCUUCUUGAUUUCAAACCAAAAAGGAUCAGUAAUUGGGGAAUGUGGGUUCUGGGAUGGGAUAGAGUGGGUGUGGCACUUCCAAUGGAGAAGAGAGCUCCGACAUUGGGAGACGAAUGCACUGGACCAGCUGCUACUUGUCCUGCAAUCUGUUAGAUUGAUAGCAGAUGUGCAAGAUAGAGUGGUGUGGAGGUUUCACAAGGAAGGCGUUUAUACAACUAACUCAUUUGUGCAGGUUUUGCAGGAAGAGACUAUGGACGAGGAGCUUCUAAACUACAGGUACACAAAAGACAUUUGGAAAGGCCUAGUCCCGCCACGAGUGGAACUAUUCUCCUGGUUUGUUUUGGUGGGCCGAGUCAAUACAAAGGAUCGACUUAGUCGACUGGGUGUCCUACAACAGAAUGAUACUAUGUGCAUGCUGUGUGUGGUGUGCUUGGAUAUCGGCAUUUGGACAAGAGUGGAUUAUGCCAGGUACUGUGAAACAGCAUUUUCAGAGUUGGAGAGAUGUCCGAAUGAGAAAAGAGGUACGCAGGUAUUGGAUAGUUGGCUUCUUCUCAGUGAUUUGGAGUAUAUGGUUACACAGAAAUGA